AUGUUUUUGUAUCAUCUUCAACUGUUAAUUGGAAAAUCAGCUCGUUAUGCUUGGCGCCGUCGAAUAUGUCGAUGUUGUCCUAAAAUCUUAUUCGAACUACUGAUUCCGGCAAUAUGUAUUCUUCUUCUAUGUUUGCUUCGUUGGAUACAUACACCUUCACCAAAAACUGAUAAUCAACAACAAACAUCUAAUAAUAUUAAAACAUCUCGUAUUCAUUUAAGUGCGUCCUCAAUAAUUUCACAACAAGAAUCAAUUGAAAUUUUCAAUUAUACAUCAGUUUAUCGAUGUCCACCAUCAAGUAUUCCCAUAGAAAUUAUUUCCAAUAAUUCAUUCAAUCGUUUCAAACGUUUAUGUCCGAAAAGUCAAUUUAUUUUAUCAUCAUCUGAAUCAUCCGUAGGAAAUCUUGUACUUAAUACUUCUUUAAAAACACAUACCAUCGGCUACCGUUGUCGAUAUGAUAAUCAAUAUUGGUGUCAAAAUUCAUUAGAUAAUGAACAAGAUUCAUCAGAAAUUCAACAUCCCUCUUCAUAUUUAUGUUCACAUAAAAAUGUUCAAAAUUCAAAUAAAUUACUACGAGCUUACUUAGCUAUUGAAUCUCUUUUAAAUCCACCAUCGAAAAAGCACCAAUUAGUUAUUUUCACAUGGCCAUGUUCAUCCUAUGAAUCCGAUGCUCUGUUUAGUAUGGCUCCACGUUUUAUGUCUAUAAUGAUUUUUAUACUUAUCGAUGGAUGUAUUUUAUUUAGUUUUAAUUUUCUUUUUCAAGAAUUAAUUCAUGAAAAACAUCAAGGCAUAACUGAACUUCUUCGUUUACUUUCUAUUCGUCCUUUACUCAACAGUCUCGCUUGGUUUUUACGUGUUUUUCUAGUACAAUUAAUAACAAGUGUAUUUCUAAUUUUAAUAUUAAAAAAAUCAUUCGACGGUGGAAUUUAUUUAACUCGUAUAUCUAUUUGGUUUGUUAUUCCAACAAUACUUCUUUGGACUGUACAAGUUCUAUCACGAUCUAUACUUGUUGCUCAUUUUUUUCGUACGAUUUUAAAAGCAUCACUUUGGUCAUGGUUUAUUUAUUUCAUUUCGUUUUGGUUAGCGGUUUCAUCAUCAGUGCGAUUGCCAAUCAUUCUUCAUCUUAUUGCUUCAGCUUGGCUACCAUUCUAUUCUGUUAAACGAACUUUUAUUUUAUUUUUUCAAAUCAAUACAGAUUUAGGUCGACGUGCACAUUUAAUCAAUGAAAUUAUGUUUGUUUGGUUAAGUAUGUUCAUCGGGAGUGUUUUAAUGUGGAUUUUAGCAUCUUACUUCGAACAAAUUCGACCAGGUAAAUAUGGCAUAGCACGUCCGUGGUCAUGGCCAUUGGAUUAUAUUCGUCAUAAAAAAAAUAAAAAGCAAAAUCGACGAAAUAGUACUAAUGUUCAUAUGAUUGAAACAUCAUCGAAUGAUCAAACAACUGUUCGAAUAGAUAAUCUAACAAAAACAUUUGGUGGACGUAAUGCUGAACAACAAACAGCUGUCGAUCAUAUUUCAUUUAAACUUGAAAAUUCUACUAUUUAUGGUCUGAUUGGUCAUAAUGGUGCUGGAAAAACAACUACUAUGGAAAUGUUAUGUGGUUUAUUAUCAUGUGAUUGUGGUACAAUUGAAAUUCACAAUAAAGAUUUGUUUGAAAAUCUACAUGAACUUCAAUCAUGUAUUGGUUAUUGUCCACAACAUGAUAUGCUGUUUGCCUAUUUAACUGUUGAAGAACAGCUAGAAUUCUAUGCUUGUGUACGAUCAAAAAGUAAUAAUAUAGAUCAUAAACAAAUAAAAGAAUUACUUUCCAUGAUGAAUAUGAGUCCAUAUAAUCAACAAUUAUGUCAUACAUUAUCCGGAGGCAUGCAACGAAAACUAUCCAUCUUGUGUUCAUUUGUUGGUCAAGUUGAUGUUAUAGUUUUAGAUGAGCCCUCGUCAUCACUUGAUCCAGUGGCUCGACGAAUGCUUUGGUCAUGGCUUCGAGAACAUAAAACAAAUCGAACAUUAUUAAUAUCAUCUCAUUUAUUAGAUGAAGUUGAAGAACUUUGCGAUUCCGUUAUAAUUCUUGAUGCCGGUAAAAUUCGUGCGCAAGGUACAAUUCUUGAUCUGAAACAGCAAUAUCGAACAUCGGGCGAUCGACUUCAUUUGGCUACGAUGCCAUCGUAUGUACCAAAGGAAUGGAUUAUUGAUGAAAAUAGUCAUUACAUACAAAUACCAAAUCGAAAAGAAUUAAUUCAAUUACUUGAACAUCUAGAAAACGAUAAAAUUCAAUAUUCUCUAGUUAAUGUAACACUUGAUGAUAUUUUUCUGAAAUUAACAUCAUCAGCGGACUCGUUUUCACAGGAUGAGAAUAUCAUCAAAUCUCAAAUUGAGAAAUUAUUCAAUUUACGAACAAGUACUAAAUCGACAUAUGUAUGGUCUCAACAAGCAUUAGCUGUUUUAAUUCGACGAGGUCAAGUAUUGCUAAAACGAGCUCGUCUUCUACCAUUCAUACUAUUUCUUUAUUUGGCUUAUGAAUUUUCAUCACUCUAUAUGCCAUCGUUUCCAUCGCCAUCUGAACGAAUUCGUUAUAUCAUUUCAUCGCGUCCCGAAUAUAUAAAUAAAUUAGAUUUGAAAAUUUUCGAAAAAAACUUCGCUCCAAUUUUUAAUUCAUCACAAGAAUUUCAACAAUAUCUAUUAGAUUUACCAGCAUGGCCAUCGAAUCAUCAUCGAAAAAAAUCAAUUGGCCUUCGAAUAGUUUCUUCUGAUUAUUUCGAAUGUUAUGUUCCAUCGCCUAUUCUAUCGAAUAUGAUUAGUACAUGUCUACCGGUAUUUUCAGUAUUUUCCAAUCGAUCUAUUUCUCCGUUACAACUAAUCGAUAGACAACAAAAAACUUCAUCGUCGCCAUCUUCUACUGCAUCUACUGGUUCGAAUGAUUCAAUAUUUUUUUGUUUUUAUACAUUACCACCUCGACUUCAUUUAGCAAUUAUAUUAAUUUCACUCAUAUUAAUUAUUUCUGCAGCAAUAGUUAUUCAGGAUUAUGCUUCGGGUCUUUAUUCCUAUUCACUUAUUCAUGGUCUUCGUUCACCAAUUCAUUGGUCAAUUACAUUUCUCAGUGAUUUUAUUUUAUGCAUUCUAUGGCUUUUUAUUCUUAUUUUAAUAGCACGUUUUGUUCAUCCGACAACAUUCAAUGGUGCAUUUUUCGCAUUAACACCUCUUUUUUUCAUUGUCAAUCUUCCAUUUAUAUAUUUAAUUGCAAAGUUAUUUAGAGCACCAGUACUAGGCGCAACAGUAAUUGUAUUUAUUCUUCAAUUAGCACAUGUUGUAAAUACGUUUAAAGCGUUUAUUGAAGUUGUUCGUGGUUAUCGUAAGCUGACAAUUUUAAUACAAUGUUUACGUUGGUUACUAUUACUGGCAUUUCCCAAUGUGAAUGUAUUUACAUUAAUAGUAGCUGUACUGAGAAAAUCUUCUUGUCCUCUUGAUGAUUCAUUGUUAGAUAGAGAAGGAGAAGCAUUAUCACAUGAACGUUAUCCAUAUAAAAUAUUUAUUCAUACAAUGAUUUUCAUUGUUCAAUUUAUUGUUUAUUUUAUUCUACUUGUUAUUCUUGAUAUAUCAAAAUUACGAUUUUCUCAAAGUAAAAUUAAAGGUCGAAUAAAUCAAGAAGAAGAAGAUAAUGAUGUUCAAGAAGAAAGAUAUCGAGUAGAAACACUGCCGAUUAAAGAUAAACAAGAGCAAACUUUAGUUGUUGAUAAUCUUUCAAAAUAUUAUCCUCAUAGAUCCAUUCCAGCUGUUAAUCGUUUAACAUUUGCUGUUCCACGUCGACAAUGUUUUGGUCUUUUAGGAUUCAAUGGAAGUGGUAAAACUACCACAUUUCGAAUGUUAGUUGGAGAGUUACGACCAACAGGUGGCUAUAUCUAUAAGAACAAGGCUGAAUCUAUUGGUUAUUGUCCGCAAGAUGAUAUUCAUUUUUCGGCUUUAACUGUUCUACAAUCUAUUGAUUAUAUCUGUCGUAUUCAUGGCCUUGAUCCAGCAUUAUUAAAUAAUUUAAUUCUAUCUCAAUUUCAAUUAGAAAAAUAUCGCCAUCGUUUAGUGUCACAUUUAAGCGGUGGGACAUGUCGUCGUCUUCAUUUAGCUUUAUGCUUAAUUGGAUCACCAACACUACUUUUACUCGAUGAACCAACAGCAAAAAUCGAUCCGCUAUUACGUAGUCAUAUACGUCUUAUUUUACAACAUCGUCCGAUUGACACGUCAAUUGUAUUUGCUUCACAUUCCAUGCUUGAAAGUGAACAAUUAUGUGAUCGUAUAACAAUACUUGUUCGUGGCAAUGCAAGAUGUUUAGGUUCACCUCAACAUUUGAAAAAUAAAUAUGGUAUUAAUUAUCGUGUACGUCUAACAUUACUUCAGUCAUCAUUUCAAAUACCAUUACUUACAUCAGUUGAUAAUAGCAAUGAAUAUGUAUAUGCUGAAGGUAGUUUAGCACAAUUAUUUAAAUUAUUGGAACGAUUAGUUGAACAAAAUAAAAUCACAUCGAAUUUUACUGUCGAAUUAACAUCAUUGGAACAUAUAUUUUUGUCGUUACAACACUCUCAAGAUAUAAAAGUCUAA